AUGCCCCCACCCGAAAAGCACGGCGGCGGCUACGUGCCGGCCCUCGGUGGCCCGUACUCGUUCCCCAUACAAAGACGAUCUACAGCCCAGCCAGAACCAAGCCCAAGAGCGGCUCCCCGAGACAGCUACCAGCACUUCGAGCACUCAAAAGGCGUCUCUCACUCAACGAGACAUGAGUUGCACGGAAAGCCCUUUCUUCCCCCUCCUCGAGCAUACACGAGCAACCCACAAAUAAAUAACAAUCACAACCACAGCCACAACCCCAUCCAACAAGCCCAUCUCGGACGUCCAGCACGAGUAGAAACGAUGCCUCAUCUUCAGUAUCAUGGUUUGAACCAUGGCGGUGAUUUUGUACCCAGUAUUGCACGCUCGCCGUAUGGCACGCGGAAUCCCGCCGAUUAUCGGUCGAAUACGACAGACGGCGCCUUUUCCCCCGGCAAAGACACACUGUAUGGACUCGGAACCCCAGAGGCCGGUCGUCGAGAUGAACGGCAUGGGGGAGGUUACGUUCCUGUGUUAAAGACAGCUGGGACAAAUAACUCUCGUUCGCAUGAUGGACGGAGUGGGUUUUUGAAGCAUUUGAAAAGAUGA